UUUUUUGUUUCCACUCCAUUCGCUCUUCACAUACUUCGCCUUUUUCAUCAACACAUUCCUCAGCUCAUCAACCAUCGACUCUUUGACAUUUACCAUAAAUCUGCAUCUCACCUCAUCCUCCUUUUAGAGACUUUAAUAUCCAUAUAUAUUUUUUUCGGCAAGCGACUUUUCACAAUGAUUAAAAUCUGGACCAUGAAGAAAGAGAAUGCCGGGGUUGAUAAGAAGAAGCAAAAAGUCACUGCCGGUCAGAUUCGUGUGCAGAAAGAUUUGAGUGAACUGGACCUACCAAAGACAAUGAAGAUGACAUUCCCAGUUCCUGAUGAUUUGCUUAACUUUGAACUUGAAAUUUCUCCUGAUGAAGGUUUUUACGCUGGAGGAACUUUCAAGUUUUCAUUCUCUGUUAACGGAAACUAUCCUCAUGAUGCACCCAGUGUCAAGUGUUUGCAAAAGAUCUACCAUCCCAACAUUCAGGCGGACGGCAAGAUCUGUUUAAAUAUUCUUCGUGAGGAUUGGAAACCUGUCUUGACGCUAAAUUCUGUAAUGGUUGGAUUGCAAUAUCUUCUUCUGGAACCUAAUGCUGAUGAUCCGCUUAAUAAGGAGGCAGCAGAAGACUUGCGAACGAACCGUCGUAACUUUGAAACCAAUGUCGCCAAGAGUAUUCGUGGAGGUUCUGUCAACGGUAUUCAAUAUGACAAUGUCAUGACGCAUUAAAAAAAAAAAUAACCACGAUGUCAGGAUAAUUAAGAGCAACAAAGCAAGGCGAUCUCUUUAAUGUCAGGAUAUUCACAUCUGAAUAAAACCAUAUUCGUCUAUUUUGCUUCGAUUUGUCCAAGGAGAAGAAAAGCUGUUA